CCCGGAGAGGACUCUGUGAAUUUUAUGGGGCGGAUGGUUGGAAAGUAGCACUUAGACGGAUCAACAGAUCUCGCCAUCGUAAAUGAUCUCGAGGGCGUCAGCACAGUGCUGUUAAGUGUCUGAACCUUGAGCGUAUAGAGUCCGGCAUGUCCGAGAGGAAGAGCGCUGAACACCGCAGCGUCGAGGCUUCAUCACUGGCAACCCAAGGAUCAGAUGGUGCCGAAAAAAUGACUAGGGCUGUCUCCAUCCUCGCUUACUUUUUCUCGUUGAUUCACUGUAGCAGCUGUGCUGACUCCGAGGAGCGUCUCAUGAACUAUUUGCUGGGAAAGAAUCGCUACAAUCCGCUCAUCCGCCCGGCUGUCAACAGGACAGAGAGAGUCACAGUGAAGCUGCAAGUGUCUCUUGCUCAGCUCAUCAGCGUGAAUGAAAGAGAACAGAUCAUGACCACAAACGUCUGGCUCACUCAGCACUGGGUGGAUUACAGGUUAUCAUGGGACCCUGCGAAGUAUGAAGGUAUCGACAAGCUGCGUAUUCCCUCCAGACACAUCUGGCUCCCAGAUAUUGUCCUGUACAACAACGCUGAUGGUACCUAUGAGGUAACAGUCUUCACCAAUGCCAUUGUUCUUUUCAAUGGCAGCAUCAACUGGCUUCCUCCAGCCAUCUACAAAAGCGCCUGUAAGAUAGAGGUCAAGCAUUUUCCCUUUGACCUGCAGAACUGCACCCUCAAGUUCCGCUCUUGGACAUAUGACCACACAGAGAUCGACCUGAUCUUGAAGUCCGAGGUGGCUAGUAUGGAUGAUUUUACUCCCAGUGGGGAGUGGGAUAUAUUGGCGCUGCCAGGCAGACGGACUGUCAACCCUCUGGAUCCAACCUAUGUGGACCUCACGUAUGACUUCAUCAUCAAGAGGAAGCCCCUUUUCUACACCAUCAACCUCAUCAUUCCCUGUGUGUUGAUCACCUCUCUGGCCAUUCUGGUCUUCUACUUACCUUCAGACUGCGGGGAGAAGAUGACCCUCUGCAUCUCCGUCCUCUUGGCUCUCACUGUGUUCUUGCUUUUAAUCUCAAAGAUUGUUCCUCCUACCUCACUGGAUGUGCCCCUGAUCGGCAAGUACCUGAUGUUCACCAUGGUGCUAGUGACCUUCUCCAUCAUCACCAGUGUGUGCGUGCUCAAUGUGCACCACCGCUCUCCCAGCACCCACACCAUGCCUUCGUGGGUCAAGCUGAUAUUUCUUGUCAAACUGCCAGCCUUACUCUUCAUGAGACGCCCUCACAAUAACUCUUCAAGCCAGAGACUUCGCCAGCAGCGGUGCCUUCGGGCGAGGAGAGCCAUUUUGGACUUGGGUUACCCAGUUGCAUCCAAAACAGGUAUCACCAUGUCGUCUUCUGCCCUGCUGUCUUCUGACUCUGCCUUCUCCACCCCAGGGCACAAAAAUGUAGCUCCUUCACUGGGCCACUCCAACAGGAAAGCAGAUUUGCGCUCCAGUGAUUACCUUCCCACUGGUUUCACUUCUAUCCAGGACCUCCAGCAGAGAAGCAACUCAGAUUGGGCUGCUGAUGUCCAGGAGGCGGUGAAUGGGGUGCGCUUUGUGGCAGAGCACAUGAUGGGAGAUGAUGAUGAUCAAAGUGUGAUAGAGGACUGGAAGUAUGUGGCUAUGGUGGUGGAUCGUAUGUUCCUGUGGAUCUUUAUCAUAGUAUGUGUGGUGGGCACCCUGGGCUUAUUUCUUCAGCCUCUUUUCCAGACUCAGAUUACUCCCAACCAACAGCCCAGCUCAGAAACUCCUCGCAUAUGAUGGGCAACGAAGAAGACAGCCAGCAGGCCAGUCAUAGUUGCAAAGUCUUUUUGGCAUUCAUUUAACCCUGUAGUACCAUAAUGGUGGGGUCAAAAAGCACUAACAGCAACAUCGUCUGUGCAAACACCACCAAGAAGGGAACUGGUAACCACUUAUUGUGUACAUCAGUGGAACAGACAGGAUCUUUGUGCAAGAUAGAAUAUAAAAUAUCUCCUAAUAAUCAAAACCACGUGGUCUACAGCAACACAACCAUCUACAGCCCCAAUAUUUUAAGGAAAUGGUACAUCUGCAAGGGACCAAAUUUGGCAUUGUUGCAAUGAGGUCAUUUCCCUUCAUGUCAACAAAGGGCAGCUGCAGAACUGGACUGAAUGUAGCUUUCACUGCACUGAAGUAUGCUGAGCUGUUGAAGAAAUAUACCCUAUGAUGGAGAUAUGAGAAACGUCUGGCUGCUGUCAGAUGUUGGUUGACUCCUUAUUUGUGUAUAAGUUAUAUUAUCAUGUUAUUGAAAUGUGAUGUGUGAUUAAAGAAUGAAUAAUAAAGAUAAAUGUGUGUCCUAUUUCAGUUUGAUUAAAUGUAUGAAACUCAUAAUAAAGUCUUUAAAUUGUCAGGGGUCUUGCCAAAGUGCUAAGUUAAUCUAUGUUACCGGUGAUAAAGUUUGCACUCAGAGCCAGUACGUUUGCUGAAGAUGUGCCAAUUCAUCCCAUAGACUUCACCUGAAAUGUGAGAAUGUAUGAUCUGGCAAAAAAAUAAAUGUUGACACAACAAAA